GGUAAUCUCCCUUACAGACAUGUCGGCCAUCAGUGUUUUGCAAGCUUUGAGACCAUUAUUGGUUGCUGCUUUGAGAACCACAUGUGUUAACAACCAUGCCAAGAGUACAUUUGUACCAGUCCGACACAAAACUACCAAGAAUCAGAGAAAGAAGGCGCCACAUGUUGCACAAGACAAAGGAAAGUGGUUAAAGAAAGCAACAAAGCAAACUGUUACUGAAACAAAGGACACAAGAGCAACAGAAACAGAAGCCUGGUUGUCACGGAAACCAGUGGAUAAUGUGUGGAUCAGGACAUACUACCCACGUCCCAGGUAUUCCUUUGAAGAGGCUCUCGCCAUGCAUAGGGAGUAUGCCAUUCCCGCCAUGCUUGAUAACGCAGAAGGAGUCGUUUAUGCAGACAUGGAGUUGAACAUGACAACAGCAAAGAAGACAAAGUUUAUGAAAUCGGUGUCAAGUACUUUACUUCUCCCCCACCAGUUCGAUGAUGAGGCUCAAAAGAGAUUUGCUGUUUUCUGUAAGAAAGCCGAAGACAUUGAAAAAGCAAAAGAGCUAAAAGCUGAUUAUGUUGGUGACAUUGAACUAGUCAGACAGAUUCAAGAUGGGUCAUUAGAACCGUCAGAUUUUGAGUUUGCACUUUCUACUCCGGACAUAUUUGUUGAAUUGAUUCCAAUAAGAAAUAUACUAAAAGGCAAAUUUCCUAACAAAGGAAAAGGUAACUUGAAUUCCAACAUUGAAGAGAUGAUAAGAUAUUUCAGAAAAGGCGUUUCUUAUGAGUCCAUAAAAGAAUCUGAUGCUGUGAGCAAAUUACAAGUACCUUUUGGGAAACUCAAUAUGUCUGACAAACAGCUGCUCGAAAACCUACACACUAUAAUCCAGUCCAUCUGCAAACAAAGGCCAGAAAAAUUAGGCCCAUUUAUCAAAAAAAUGUUUGUUAUUGCACCUCCAUCAACUGAACACUUCUUGUUGACAGUUGAAGAUUAUGUUCCUGGUUACAAAACCAAGAAAUUUGUGGAAACAGAAGAAGAAUCUGAUACAGAUGUCGAUGAACUCAGAAAAGAGGAGGCAAAUUAAGUGACCGAAGUGAUUAUAGACAACUUGUGCUGCCAUUUAAAUGUUUUUAACCUAAAUUAUCUAAAGGAAUUAAUGAAAGCUCAGUUUACAGACAAUUCACAGGAAGUAAAAGUGUGAUCCCAAUACAAAAACAGCAAAUAAAGAUAUGUUUGCAUAAUAA